AUUUCAAAAUGAAAAACUGCAACGGAAAGGAAGAGAGGAUGGUGAAUUUGAAUGAAAAUUUAAAAAAGGAUACAAAUAUGGAACGGACCGAUACAAUAAGGAAAUCUGCGAAACGUAAACCACCAGUUAUUCGACAAACUUUAACUAGCAUGUACAGAUUCGCAAAAGCAAAUCCUUUAUUAUUUGUAGAAGAUGCGACAGUCAACAAAAUUUCGAUGAAAAACACAGAUUUAAGUACAGCUAAAUUUCCGAAGCCUGUUUCAAAACCUUCCAAAGGAAUCAAACCUACUACUGUAAAUAAUAACCUUCCAUCUAAAGCGAACGCUGAAAAAACAAAAUCUAGUCUUAAGCAACCAGUGAAACCUUUUACAAUAAACACACAACUCAAAAAACCCAACGGAGAUGUUCUACGACCUACAAAAGGUGUCGGCCAGAAGGUGAGGUUUGCCGACAGGCUUAAGCGAAGAUCUCGUUCGGCCGACAGUUACGACCAACACUCGGCGGUCAGCUGUAAGCAAAUGGCCAGCACAAGUUCCUUGACGAGCGUUCACAAGAAUGACGAUCUAAAAAACCUAUCCCCAAUUGCUCACGAACGCAAAGUAAAGUUUCGAACACCGGUACGACAGAGCCAAAACUUUACAAGUAACACGCCGUUCCUCAAAAGACACUCCACUCCCUACGCCCAUAACGCCGGCCACCAUUCGGUGAGCGAUCUGCAAGAGAGAUUAAAGGAGUGGAUGCGUAAACGAAAAAUUAGUUCCAAUAAUUUUCAUCAUUUGAAGUGUUUCGGUCUUCACAAGAAACAUCUCGAGGGCGGAGAUGACGAUAAGGAAAAUGUCGAGACUGAUCCCGUACGUACGAGCUACGACGAUUUGCGAAUUGAUACGCCCAUUGCUGUGUACACGAAGUCCGAGGAUUUGAAGACCGUUGUGCAGAAUUGCUUGGAGGAUCUGCAUAAGCUAAUUUUGGAAGUGAGUUAA